UUACGGCGCGGGUGCGGGGGGGCAGGGAAGGGGGCCUGCAGCACCGGCGAGGGGAAGAACCAACUUACUGAUACCUCAGCCAGUGGCUGAAGCCCUAAGAAUGGGCAGACCUGGCUCCGAAGGUCUCUUCAUAACACGACUGCCGCCAAGAAUGUAAGCUGCCCAAGCACGAGGACACUUUUAGAGGGCCCUCAGACUCAGCUUCUUUCGGUCUGUGCCUCAAAUUAAGCACAUGUCUUACAUUUCUCCCAGGUCCCAAUUUUCAAGGCUGCUUUUCUUUGUUUUUCUUUGUCGCUCCCCGCUCCUAAGAACCUUCGGCUGGGAAGACAUUCUUCAGGUGCAGAAACCAGGGGGAAGCUCCCAGAGCAGUGGGGGCUGAACUCAGGACACAGUCAUUUUUGCUGUUGAGCCUCUCCUGCGGCGCUGAGGAGGAAGGCUCAAAGUAACCAGCCAGAGCAGCCGCAGAGCGAAAAGCGAAGACAGUUCUGGUCGGGCCCAGCGCUUCUCAACCUCUAGCUCUCUACUCUCCGCCGCGCAGCCUCCGCUCCCUCCACAUCACGCACGGCGCUUGAUUGACAUGUGGGCCCGCCCAAUCUCAGUGCGGCAGAGACCGCUGUCGCGUCAGGGACCGGGGAAGGGGGCGACUGAACCUAUCAGAUUGGGUCGAGAGUGGGUUUCCUGCCAGCGCGGAUCCGCCUGCCCACCGCGCGUGCCCCGCCCCUCUCCCGAGAGCUACGCGGCGGCGGCGGAGCGCAGGCCUCGUGCCGUUACGGCCAUCACGGCGGCCGCGGUGGCGUCCUGGAGCCCUCCUCAGUGCUGAAGCUGCUGAAAGAUGGCAGAAGAAGUGGUGGUAGUAGCCAAAUUUGAUUAUGUGGCCCAACAAGAACAAGAGUUGGACAUCAAGAAGAAUGAGAGAUUAUGGCUUCUGGAUGAUUCUAAGUCCUGGUGGCGAGUUCGAAAUUCCAUGAAUAAAACAGGUUUUGUGCCUUCUAACUAUGUGGAAAGGAAAAACAGUGCUCGGAAAGCAUCUAUUGUAAAAAACCUAAAGGAUACGUUAGGCAUUGGAAAAGUGAAAAGAAAACCUAGUGUGCCAGAUUCUGCAUCUCCUGCUGAUGAUAGUUUUGUUGACCCAGGGGAACGUCUCUAUGACCUCAACAUGCCCGCUUAUGUGAAAUUUAACUACAUGGCUGAGAGAGAGGAUGAAUUAUCAUUGAUAAAGGGGACAAAGGUGAUCGUCAUGGAGAAAUGCAGUGAUGGGUGGUGGCGUGGUAGCUACAAUGGACAAGUUGGAUGGUUCCCUUCAAACUACGUAACUGAAGAAGGUGACAGUCCUUUGGGUGACCAUGUGGGUUCUCUGUCAGAGAAAUUAGCAGCAGUCGUCAAUAACCUAAAUACUGGGCAAGUGUUGCAUGUGGUACAGGCUCUUUACCCAUUCAGCUCAUCUAAUGAUGAAGAACUUAAUUUCGAGAAAGGAGAUGUAAUGGAUGUUAUUGAAAAACCUGAAAAUGACCCAGAGUGGUGGAAAUGCAGGAAGAUCAAUGGUAUGGUUGGUCUAGUACCAAAAAACUAUGUUACCGUUAUGCAGAAUAAUCCAUUAACCUCAGGUUUGGAACCAUCACCUCCACAGUGUGAUUACAUUAGGCCUUCACUCACUGGAAAGUUUGCUGGCAAUCCUUGGUAUUAUGGCAAAGUCACCAGGCAUCAAGCAGAAAUGGCAUUAAAUGAAAGAGGACAUGAAGGGGAUUUCCUCAUUCGUGAUAGUGAAUCUUCGCCAAAUGAUUUCUCAGUAUCACUAAAAGCACAAGGGAAAAACAAGCAUUUUAAAGUCCAACUAAAAGAGACUGUCUACUGCAUUGGGCAGCGUAAAUUCAGCACCAUGGAAGAACUUGUAGAACAUUACAAAAAGGCACCAAUUUUUACAAGUGAACAAGGAGAAAAAUUAUAUCUUGUCAAGCAUUUAUCAUGAUACUGCUGACCAGAAGUGACUGCUGCAUAGCUGUAAUUUGUCAUGUAAUUUGAAGACUGAGAAAAUGUUGGGUCCAGUCGUGCUUGAUUGGAAAUUGUUGUUUCUAAAUCUGUGUGAGAAUUGACAAUAAGUAUUUUUAUUAUAACUCAGCCCAUACAUAUAUACUAUGUAUGCAGUGCAUCUGCAUAGAACAGUUCCUUAUCCUUGGCGUUCUGUUUUAUUGUUUUUUUCUUUGCUGUUUUCCCUUUGCUUCUAAUAUUACAGUUUUGUAUUUUGUAAACAAAAAUCAAAUAAUGCAUAUCAGAAUCUUUAUAUGGAAGAAAUCCUUUAUUGCCUUUCCUUUGUUUCCUUGUAAAGGCACCCUGUUCUGUUAUGGUUUUUCAUUAUAUAAAAUUAUUAUAUCUAUAUAUGACAUAUACUAAAAUAAAUUUCUUGGAGAGUGUUAAUCUUUUCUGUGACUAAAUAGCAAUAAUAAAUGGAAAAUUAGAAAUUAUUUCCAGGUAUUAUAUUUGUCACAGGCCAUUGUAAAUACCAAGUAUAUUGUGUCUGCCAUAAUUUUAAAAAAUGCAUUCAUUGUCUUCAGUCGUACAGCAAGACUCAUGAGACAUAGAUUAGAAAACAUGUUUUAUAAUUUUAAUUUACAACUGUUGGAAAUAAAAAUCACUUAAUUUUUUU